AUGGCGAUAGCAGCGGUGCGGGCACUGCUGUUCACGGCGGCGCUGGCGACACUAACUGAAGUCAGAGCGGCCCGCUUCGGAGACCGCCUUGCUCCCCGAGUGCCCGCCGCUUACGCUCCACGUCACGUACCCUCGGCACACCAUUACGUCGAAAAUGAUUACGAGGACUCUUAUGAUCAAGAAUAUAAUGAGCACAAUCAAACAGUUAAAGAUGACGAGGCUAUGCCCGAAACGGAACCUCCACCGCGACGCCCUGCGCGCACCGAAGCACACCGUCUCGAAAUGAGUACCGAAUAUUUUGUGAUUCCUGAACGCACCUCUUCCUCCACGCGUCCAUCGACCUCCAUACGGACUGUCAACAUCUCUACAUCACCGCAGCCGAGCAAUACCACUAUUGUACCUAUUACUAUAACACCCUCGAGAGGUGCAUUGAGAUCAGAGGCAUGGGCGGUACCGAUCUUGGCAAUCGCGUGUGUUAGCAUGUUGACAUUUAGUGGUUUUGAAGUUUUCGUUGUGUGGGGCGCUAGCCGCAAGGCUCCAAGUCAUCGACAUUUAUUGCUAGGACAAACGUUACUAUUCGGACUAUUUUUCAGUGCCGUGACCGCAGCUAUUUACACCGCAACGCCAAAUACUUUCACAUGUGGAGCAGUUCGUUUCGGAACUGGCGUCGCUUACGUAAUAGUCUUUGCUUCACUAUUAGUUAAGUGUGUUUUUUUGUUAAGUUUAAACGGCGGAGUGUAUUUACCAGCGGCAUAUCAGGGACUUCUACUGUUCUUUGCGGUUAUGAUACAAGUUGUGAUCGGAGCUCAGUGGCUCGGCAGUUCGCCCCCGCGAGUCACUGCUGGCGGAGCGCGAUGUGACACUGCUCUGUCUGACCUUCUGCUUUCACUGUGCUAUUCUGCAUUUCUUAUUGCAGUAGUAUGUGGAGUAGCGUUGAGGUCACGCGGUAUACGUGAUAACUACCGAGAAGCGACUCACAUUGCUGGGGCGAGUGGGGCAACAGCUGCCGUCUGGGUAUGCUGGGUAGCGGCCGCUCUUGGCGCACCGGAACAGCAUCGUGACGUGUGCAUAGCGGCUGGCUUGUUGGCCACAUGUGCAGUAGUGUUCGCCUUAAUGUUUGCUCCAAAAGGUCGAAGAUUGGCAGCUUUGGGACGCGAGGGCCGAUGGGACGCUGAUCGCGACGAGGGGCUGAGCUCAUUAGGCGGCGGUGGCUCCGGCUAUUCGCCAUCUUUCUUCCACUUCAAGCCGGUGAAGUACGGCAUGGUCUCAGCGGCGGCACCGGGGCCAGCUCAACCACCGAUCCUCGAUCGCAAAGAGCUUCCUGCUCAGCCAGCCGAUCCGUAUGGCGCAAUGUUCGCGAGUUCACAUCUGCACGCACGUCUGUGCCCCCCGCCGCACUACCCCUUGCACCCAUUAAUGCACUACCAAUAUAAUUACCCGCCUUAUAACUAUCUACUACCAUCAGGCGUGAUGAUGCGACCGGAGGAGGGCAACGUGUACACGAGCGUAGAACCCACCUUCAGCAGCAACCCCAACGUCUUUUUCCAACGCACCGAACCGUUGCACGUCGGCAUGAUGUACUGA